GUCAUCUGGAAGUCGAGGGUCUACAGCUGACAGUGUCAACACCACAACAAAUGCUCCAGCUGACGCAGUUGCCUCGCUCCUAUAAUGCUCGACUUCUUCGCUGUAAUAACCAAAGGUGGGCUGGUGCUGUGGUACUUCCAAGAUGUGGCCCAGCAGCUCAAGACUUCCAUUGACGCCAUCAACGCCCUCAUCAGGAAUGUGGUGCUGCAGGAACGAGGAGGUACUGGAUUAUAUGUGCAUGGGAACUUAGCACUCAAACAUCAAUUAGACAAUGAGUUUGAAUUGUUGUUCGUGGCUGUUUAUCAAAAUAUAUUACAGUUGUCGUAUGUCGACAAAUUCCUCUCUGACAUUCAGCGAGAAUUUCGUGAGCGAUACAAAGAUCAACUCCGACAGGGCCUCUAUUACAAGAGUUUUGACUUUGUGAGAGACUAUGAGCAAAUUCUUCGAAUCGCUGAGCUGGAGUCAAAGAUGGUGAAAGAAGAACCAAAGAAGCCCCGAACCUUCCAAGAGUCAAGCAAGUCUAUGAAGACGGUAAACUCUAUGAUUAAACAGCGAGGAGGGGAGCAACCCAAAAAAGCCAUAAAAAAGAAAGAGGGUAAAGGGAAGAAGAGAGACAAUGAAUGCAAUAAUAAUAGUAAAGGAAGUCAAGUAGAAGAGGAAGAGGAUGAGGAGGAGGAAGACAUUAAUAAUGUUACCAUUUCUGAUGAUGUAGAGGAGAUUGCCAACAAUGAUGCUACAGAAGAGAAUUCAAAUAAACUGGAUGAAGAAGAGAUAAUAAGGCGAAACCGUGAGAAAUUGUUCAACAAACGAGGCACUCCUAAGGCCUCCAAGCUGGAUAAGACAAAAAGUCCCAAGCCCAAAGGUGGCAAGAAGGGAAAAGAAGCAACUAUAUGGGACUUAGACGGGCGUGAUUCAAAGAGCCUCGACUAUUCAUCAAAGACUGGUGGUGGUGAUUCGGUUAAAUCUUCCCUUCGACCAGAUUUUCUACCAGAUCAGUCGCAGAUUGGAAAAUUUUCUGGAAAUAUCAGAGGCAUGGAAAUUUCUGCAGAGAAGGAUAGUGCAGAUAAGAAAUCAUCUGGUGGAAUGUUUUCUAUGUUCCGUGGGUUAGUGGGAAGGAAGACCCUGACUGAAGCUGAUGUGGAACCUGUCCUUGAAAAGCUUAAGGAUCACCUUAUUGGCAAGAAUGUUGCUUCUGAAAUUGCCAACAAAUUGUGCCAAUCUAUUGGGAAGAAACUUGAGGGCAAAGUUCUUGGAACGUUUGACGGUGUGGCAAGCACCGUGCGUGCCACUCUGACGGAGGCUCUGGUCCAACUGCUGACACCUAAACGUCGUCUGGACAUUCUUCGUGAUGUAGUGGAAGCCAAAACAUCUGGCCGUCCAUAUACAGUAGCAUUUUGUGGUGUAAAUGGUGUUGGGAAGUCGACUAAUCUUGCCAAGAUCACGUUUUGGCUCAUUGAAAACAACUUCCGUGUGCUGAUAGCUGCUUGUGAUACUUUCCGAGCUGGAGCUGUAGAGCAGCUUCGCACCCACAUGCACCAUCUGAAUGCUCUCCAUCCACCAGAAAAACAUGGUGGAAAUACCAUGGUAGAAUUAUUUGAACAGGGUUAUGGUAAAGAUGCUGCUGAAAUUGCUCGACAUGCCAUUGAAUAUUCGCGCAAGAAUCAUUUUGAUGUCGUACUUAUUGACACUGCUGGGCGUAUGCAAGAUAACGAACCACUCAUGAGGGCACUUGCCAAGCUGAUCAUGGUGAACGAGCCGGACCUGACACUGUUCGUUGGCGAAGCUCUUGUUGGUAACGAGGCUGUGGAUCAGCUGGUGAAAUUCAAUCGUGCUUUAGCUAACCAGUCUACCACCCAGUCACCUCAGAUCAUCGACGGCAUCCUUCUGACUAAGUUUGACACCAUUGAUGACAAGGUUGGAGCUGCCAUCUCGAUGACUUACAUCACUGGACAACCAAUUGUGUUCGUUGGUACGGGCCAGACAUACACAGAUCUCCGCAAGUUGGAUGCUAAAGCAGUAGUCGAGGCACUCAUGAAGUGAGCUUCAAGAAUUUGCAGGCUGUGAGGGGUUGGGAUUUAGAGGGUGGGGAUUUACUGUUAAUACUUCAUCAUUUAUUAUAGGUAUUUGUGAUCUGUAGCUCUUGGUUACAGUUUAAUAAAAAAAUAAGUAAUAUAUAUAUAGGGUUUGGAGGAUUGGAAAGAUAUUUCUUUAGUUUUAAGGUGUUGUUUGUUUACAUUUAAUUAAAAAAAGCUUUUCAUACAACAGGUAAAAUAACUCUGGAAUUAACUCAUAAUUAAAACUGAACUUGUAUCAGUUAUGUGCAUGCAAUUAAAAUACACUUACGGAGGAUGGCAUCUGAACUCGGUGGACACUGUAGAUAUUACCACAAUGAACAUGCAUAGUAGUAUACAUGAUGGCAUUAAAAAGUGACUAAUCUGAAAAAUAUAAGCUUGAGAAAACAUAUCUUAAACUAUUCCAAAGUUUGUAGGUUAAGUUUAUGAAAGAACGAACUUUCACCAGUAAGAGAGAGAGAGAAGUUUGCUUCAUGCUACACAACAACAAAAAUAGAGCUUGGUAUAUACAGUACAAAAACAAAUCAUAAAUAUAAAUUCCCACUUAAUGUGUUCAUCACAUUUUAAAUUCAUUGCAGUUACCAGUAUUACUUUGAGUUAGAUUGUAUGCAGCAUAUAUACAGAGUAUAGAUAUAAUCUUUGAAUGUUCCUAGUCAGAAUUAUUUUUUCAGCAAUUGCAAAAUAUUUAAAUGCACCAUUUUCAGACAACCAAUAGAUUAGGCAAAUCAAAAGAAAUGGUUUGUAGUUUGAUCCAAAAUUUUCUUUUGUUUUUUUAUUUCAUACAGUUAAGGAUAUUGGAUGUAAUAUUCAUAUUUUAAUGACCUAAGGAUUGAAUGCAUCAGUUAUAAAUAAUAUAACUGUUUACCUACUGCCCCUAUUUUGCCAUAUUUUCCCUAAGAAUAGGGUUAUUGAGCUUACUAGCUUGAAGUUG